CGUAGCACAUCACGAGUGCUGCGUUUAUUCUAGAAACUUUCAUGGUAUCAGAGCAUUGAUCCAAUCUACCAAAAACCCAUCCCCUUCACCUUUCCAGCCAUGGCGUCCUCAAGCAGCAAUGCCAGCAACUUCUUCCAAGGACAUCCUGUGAGUGAGAAGCUUGGAAAGAACAACUUUGCGCUGUGGAGAGCUCAGAUCAGCGCCGCUGUUCGUGGUGCUCGACUUCUCGGGCAUCUGACUGGUGCAGCAAAGAAGCCUCAAGCGCAGAUCGUCGUCACAAGCGAUGAUGGCAAGACAACAGAGAAGAAAACCCGGAGUUUGAUGAUUGGGAAGCCUCGGACCAACAGGUCUUAGGUUAUCUCUUGUCAUCUCUCUCUCGUGAUGUUCUUAUGCAGGUCGCAGCAUGUGACACGGCGGCGGAAGCGUGGGCAAUCAUCGAACAGAUGUAUUCCACGCACACCAGGGCGCGAUCCAUCAACACAAGAAUCGCGCUCUCCAACACCAAGAAAGGCAAUCUCACACUCCUGAAAUUUUUCGGGAAGAUGAGAGCGCUAGGAGAUGAGAUGGCCACUGCAACUGGCAAGCCACUAGAAGAAGAAGAACUAAUCCAGUACAUCAUCAUUGGGUUGGUUGAAGAUUACAGCGAGGUGAUCUCGGCUGUUUGUGCAAGACUAGAACCAAUGACGGUGGGAGAACUUUACUCUCAGGUACUCAACUAUGAAGCACGCACGUCUCUCUAUCGGGGAAUUCAGGAGAAUGUCGUCAACAUCGCCAACAAAGGAGGCAACAACAGCGGAGGCCGCGGAGGAUUCUCUGGUCGUGGCGGUGGAGCUCCACGCGGCGGCCGUGGAUCUCCUGGACGUGGCAGCACGAGCACUGGAGGGCGUGGCAGAGGCCGCACGCAAGGAGGACCAGAUCGUAGGCCGAUCUGUCAAGUUUGCUUCAAAAGAGGCCACACUGCUGCAGAUUGCUGGUUCAGGUAUGACGAGGAUUAUGUUCCUGACAGUAAACAUGUUGCUGCAGCGGCUACAAGCUUAGCCUACGGUUUCGAUACCAAUUGGUAUAUCGAUACUGGAGCCACUGAUCACAUCACAGGAGAACUGGAGAAACUCUCUGUGAAGGACAAGUUCAACGGGGGAGAACAGAUCCACACUCCAAGUGGAGAAGAUCCCAUGGCCACAGAAGAUCCAGCCAACACUGUUCCUGCUGGCAAUACAGAGAUGCAAUCCCAGGAGCAGCAGGCUGUCAGCCCGACGUGCUCCCCUCCUGCCACCGACGCGUGGCGCAACCACCUCCCAUCGCCGACGCGUGGUGCAGCAAUCGGCCAGACGCCUCCCCUCGCUCAGGCUGGUGACAGGGUGGUCCUUCCUGGAUCAUCCCAUCAGGAGGUGCAUGGGGGACAGCACGAUGAAGCACCUCCUGCCACCGAUCUAUCUAAUCACUCUAAUCAGCAGUAUAAUAUGUCUUCAGAUGAUAUAUCAAUUUCAGGCACUGUUCCCGUACAUACACAUGAUCUGGAGCAAGAGUCAGAACAAGAACAGGAGGACUCCACUUCAGCUCACGUACAACCGCAAGGGCGUCCCAGAACAAGACUCCAAAGUGGCAUCCGCAAAGAGAAGGUGAUCCGAAUCCCCCUUUGUCCUCGCCAUCCCGUACGACGGCGGCAUGCACCGCCGGGCAACACAGAAAGCCUGGAGGCUCAUGAACACGACGAGCACAACCAUGGCGACGCACACCACCAGUUCCCUAGACCCAACAACCUUCUGCCUCAAGAACCUGCUGAUCCUCACCUUCCAGCAGCCGUCGUGAUGCCUGUUCAGGUCGUCGAUCACCGCGUCCAACGCCGCCACCCUCGUCAGCCUCACCGACCUUGCCAUCCCGUUCCACAGCUCCGCCACCUCGCCGUCGCUCUUGAGGUGGUUCAGUAUCACCCCGGACUCCCUCAGCACCCGGGCGUCCUCGUCGAUGUCGACGAUGCCGUUCAUCAGCUCGACGUACCUCGCCAGCACCAGCGCCCCGCGCCCCGCCGACGCCUCGUAGGCCACCAUGUUCCGCAGCACGACCUCCGUGUUCGCGUCGACGCGGAUCACCGGGAGCCGCAGCGUCGCGGCGUCGGCGCAGAACUCCACCGCGGAGACGCCGCCGCUCGCCGGGACGAACCUGACGCCGGAGUAAGCCAGCUCGGCGACGCUGGGCACCGCGAUCUCCUCGACCAGAGGCGAUCUGCUCUUGUCGCCGCUGCCCUCGAAACCGGGAUCACCACCCCUGGCCGGUGGCUGCCGCGGCGAAUUCAGCUGCUCGACGUGCCGUGCGAUCGCCGACACGCACGGGAUGCUGACCGCGAGCCUCAGUAG